AUGGACGAUUGUCCUGAGACUCCCUGUGAGAUCUCCGCGGAGCCCGAGGUGGACUCACAAGCUGUUGAGUCGGGAGACCCACCGCCACCCCCAACUCGAGUCGAUUCCGCCGCAUCCUACGAGAGUCUUGACCGGCAUCGGCGACGAAACCCUCGAACAAGGCGCCCGGUGAAGGAAACUCUGGACGCUCGCUCCCAAUACACGACAAGUCAGGAUGAUGGCACAGCUGAGCACCGUAUCAAUCAAUACAUUAUCAAGCAGGAGAUCGGGCGAGGAUCCUUUGGCGCGGUCCAUUUGGCGGCCGACCAAUAUGGAAAUGAAUAUGCAGUCAAAGAAUUCUCCAAAUCGCGACUGAGGAAACGCGCGCAGUCGCAUAUGCUGCGGCGGCCCCGAGGACCUCGACGACAUGGUACCGGUAUGAAUCUUCCCAAUUCGCCAUUGCACCGGAACCCCUCCGAAGACGACAAUGAGAAUGCGAAAAAUCCGCUUUACCUGAUCAAGGAGGAGAUUGCGAUCAUGAAGAAAUUGAACCACAACAACUUGGUAUCCCUGAUGGAAGUAUUGGAUGACCCGACCGAAGAUUCCCUAUACAUGGUAAUGGAGAUGUGUAAAAAAGGUGUGGUGAUGAAAGUCGGAUUGGAGGAACGUUGCGAUCCUUACGAUGACGAGCUCUGUCGAUGCUGGUUCCGUGAUUUGAUUCUGGGAAUUGAAUAUUUGCACGCGCAGGGCAUUGUACACCGUGAUAUCAAACCGGACAAUUGCCUAGUGACCAGCGACGAUGUACUCAAGGUGGUGGAUUUUGGUGUCUCGGAAAUGUUUGCAAAAGACUCGGAUAUGUACACGGCCAAGUCCGCUGGCUCCCCUGCGUUUCUGCCGCCGGAGUUGUGUGUUGUGAAGCACGGUGAUGUCUCGGGAAAGGCAACGGAUAUUUGGUCUAUGGGUGUCACGCUUUAUUGUCUUCGAUACGGGAAGCUUCCAUUUGAGAAGUCAAGUAUUUUUGAAUUGUACGAGAGCAUCAGGAGUGAUCCGGUAGUAUGCGAAGAUGAGCAGGACGAACGUUUUACGGAUUUGAUGAGUCGUCUUUUGGAGAAAGACCCGGCAAAGCGCAUUGAUAUGCGUGGUCUGAGAGUGAGUGACACUGAUUUUUGGUUCUUUGUCUUGGAAUUCAUUCUUACGCAUCUGCAGGAACACCCGUGGGUGACAAUGAAUGGAGCCGACCCUCUUCUAUCUGAAGAGGAGAAUACAGCCCAUAAUGUCGAACCACCAACCGAGGAAGAAAUGAACGCCGCCAUCACCAAAAGCAUGAGCCACGUCAUGACCUUGAUGAAAGCCGUCACGAACUUCAAGCGUUUGGUUGAUCCAAAUAGAGCAGCUCCUGCUAUGCAAAGUAUUCUUGGUGGAGACCAUGAGGCGCACUUUGUUGAGCCACCCAUGGAAAUGGAUGCCGAUGAGGAAUUUCCGACCGUCGGACUGGAUGAAAGUGUCACAUCUCGCCACGGGCCAGGGGGUGGUCUCCGGAAAGUUUUAGGGCGACACCCAGUGCUCGCUGGAUCCAAUCGUCAGGAGAACUCAUCAACAAGCGACUCAGCAAGUAUAUCGUCUCGACCAGGGCAAAGCCCCGUUGGUAGCAAACGACCCAGUGGAGUCUUUGAGCCAGAAUUGAAGGACUCUGGGUCAAUACGCACUGGUAGAUCUCCGGCUGAUUUCGCACGUGGCGCGAGGCAAUCAUCACAGUCGGGAUCUCCAAUGCCACCGUCUCGGGCCAGCUCAGCAACUACUAAGCGUAGUGUUGAAGGAACCCGUGGCCAUGCACGGGAUCCAUUGGAAGAAGAAUUCCCGUAUCUUCACAUCGGGCCAUCCACAUACACGGGAUCUUCACAAGAGCCCACCGAUCUCAAUAUUGGAAGUGACCCGGCACCUCUUGUUGAAGAACCAACUAAUAUGGAUCACGAUCUGGAAGGGGACUCGGCCGCUCCCGUGCAUUUUGUCAGCGAAUCGCCAGGAGCCGCUGAAUUCGACAUUUACGACACGGCUUAUCGACAGGAACUUGAGCGGAUCCAGACCAGCUCCAAUCACGUCAACCCCGGUGUCGGACCGAGGGUAUACCUGACUCGUCGUAUCGAGAACAAAGACGAUGUGCUGAAUUUUGCCAAAGAAAAGGCCAUUGAUUUGCAAACUGGUACAAAGAGGUUCUUCUCUUCGCCGGUGGCCAAGGGCCCGUCCUCGGCAUUUAGUGCAGCCGUGAGCUUGCUUCGGAACCAGAUAGAACAGAAGAAAGAAGCGGAUAUUAAAGAGGCACGGCAACAGCCCACUGAACAGCCGGCCGGACGACGGACAUCCAACCCGCCUUCAGCGUCGAUCGUAUCGCAAUCGAUCCCAGGUCCUGAAUCGUCAUCUGUCGAGGCAACAGGAGUGCCUGUCCCAGAAGCUCAGACUGGCGAGGACUCCAAGGCUCAGUUGCGACGACUUCUUGGUCGGGCUCGUGACAAGCUUGGAGAGUAG